AUGGCAGACUUGCCACCAGUUCGGGUAUCGCCAGCGUUGCCGUUCCUGAACGCUGGGGUGGAUUUCUGCGGACCUUUCUAUCUCCGACCUCCGACAAGGAAAGCUGCGCCGGUGAAAUCUUUUGUAGCUGUCUUCGUUUGUCUAUCAACCAAGGCAGUACACCUAGAGUUGGUAGGCAAUUUGUCAGCCGACUCGUUUAUCGCUUCCCUGAAGAGGUUUGCUGCACGCCGAGGAGUUCCGCAGACCAUUUACUGCGACAAUGCGACAAACUUUGUCGGCGCUCGCCGAAUACUGAAUGAGUUUCUGAAUCUGUUUCGGACCCAGCAGAAUCGAUUGGAUCUCGAACGACAAUGCUCCGCUGAGGGCAUUCAGUUCUCGUUUAUUCCUCCGAGAUCGCCGCACUUCGGGGGAAUCUGGGAAGCAGCGGUUAAAUCCCUUAAGACCCAUCUCCGUCGCACUCUUGCAAACGCAAUGGUGACACCCGAGCAGUUCCACACAGUGCUUACGCAGACCGAGGCACUGCUAAACUCUCGACCGUUAACGCAGCUCAGCAAUUCCCCAGAAGACUUGGACGUCCUCACGCCAGGUCACUUUCUAGUACACCGACCGCUGACUGCAAUCCCGGAGCCCUCAUACGAAGAAGUUCCUUGCAACCGACUUUCUCAAUGGCAGAUGACACAGGAGUUCGUCCGCCGCUUGUGGAAGCAAUGGUCCACCGAAUACCUAUCGGGGCUGCAACAGCGAACCCGAUGGACACACGAGCGAAACAACAUUCGCGUAGGAACUAUGGUUCUAGUUCGCGAUGACAAUCUGCCGCCGCAAAAGUGGCGUUUCGGGCGCGUUAUUGAAACAUUCCCUGGAAACGACGGACUCAUCCGGGUCGUCAACAUCCGAACCAAGGACGGCAUCUUCAAGAGAGCCAUCACACGCGUGUGCGUUCUACCGAUUCCCGACAACCUACCCGAGGACCAGGAAGCAGCGUAG